AUGACAGGAUCAACUGAAUUAAAUAGUGUCACAACUGUUGAUAGCAUUCCCUUGGAGACUUUGUCCCUCAACGGAAAUCAAAAGUCACCAAACGGUAUUUCAAAUGGUCAAGACCUUAAUGGAAAGGAGCAUAAUGAAGAACAAUCCAAUAGUGAAGUGUCAUCGGAUACAGAAACCAUAAAUUCAGAAAAUGACCAAAACCAAAAUCAAAAUAGGGUCAUUUAUUUAAGAAUUGAUAAUCUGCCACCAGGAAAGACUUGGAAGCAAAUUAAAUAUCUUAUAGGCGGAAUUAUUCAUCAUUCAAAUGUUUUGCAAGUUAAACUACUUCCUCCAGUAACAUCUAUUAUUCCGCCUUUUGUGACUUUCCAAAGUUGUUUGGUCAUUUUACGUGGAUCAUUGAAUCCGAAUGCUUUGAAUAAGCUAAUUAGAACGUUAAAUACUUAUCAAUGGGAUUAUUUUGAUCUGUAUGUUUAUGAAUUACCAAUAUUGAAUCCAAUGUUUCCAAAUAAAAACAGCGACAAUGGAAUCCCACCAAGUAAUUCUACGCUGCCUAUUUCUCCUCUAUUACAGAGACCUCAAACCUUAUUUUCACCACAAAUGCAAGGAACACCAAUUUCUAAGAAUGUUCCUGGACCUCCUCCACCACCUCCACCCGGGCCUCCCCAACCUAAUCAAAUGUCACAAUCACCUCAUUCUCAACCACAUCCACCGAUUUCUGUUGCGAAUAUGCAACCUCCUCCCUCACCUUUCCCUCCAGCAUAUCCUUUUUUGAUGCCAUCUAAUAAUUUUAGCGGUAAAAUAGUUCAACCAUUACCACCACCACCACCCCCAGCACCUCCAGCAACGUCUUCAUCUGUCUCAAGAUUUGUUAACGCUUACAAUAAUAGUGCCAGUCAGCGUCAAUAUAAUCCAAGGGCAUUUGAUGGACACAAUAUAAUUCAAAGAAAAAGUAUAUCCAAUCAAUAUCUGACAUCUCAAAAUAAAACAAAUAAAUCCAGGUUUAAAAUGUUCAAAAAUAUUUUUAAUGAAAAUGCAUUUAGAAAGCAAAUGACUAAUAGAGGAAUGUUUCAAAUUAGAUUAGAAAACUUUCCACCAUACUUCCAAAUUGAAUCUUUAAGGCUACUGGAAAAUAAUCAAAAUAUUAAGAUAAAUGAUUACAAAGAUACUGUGAUCUUACCCAAUAGAGAUGCAAUGGGGAAAUAUUGUAGAUUAAAAUGGACUAUUUUAAAAGAUUUCAUCAAAUUGAAAUGCCCUAAAUUACUAGAAUUAGAUAAGAAGAGAAGUAUGAACGCACCAACUCUGACUGCAGGAUAUAGUGGCAUGUCGCAAAAUGAACAUCGUGAUGUAAAAAAUAAUACAAGAGAGUUCUACGUUGGGGUUUACGAAUAUGAAACAACGAAAUUUUUGUUAAGAUUCCAAAGUGAACCAGCAGAGAAAACAUAUUCCAUUACUGGUAUCUUAUAUAAGGCAGUCAUAGGAUUUCACGAUAAAGAAUAUUGUGAUUUAUGCUUGAAAUUAUUGCAAGAUCAAGAAUAUUCUCAAGGAUAUAAAUUGCGCGUCCUGGAAUUGCCACCGUUUGAAGAAGAAGAAGAUAGUGGAGAAGAUGAGUUUACUGAGCAAGAACAAGCUCAAGAAGCAUUAGUCAUAGAUGCAAAUAAUCAUUCAACUGUCGAUGAGAGUAAAAUCAAAUAA